AUGACUGACCAUCAUGCAAGAACAACAGGCUCCUACUCCUAUGGAGGAUCACCCUAUGACAUCCACACCUCCAGCCUCAGCCACCCUUCACGCCAGACAGUGAAGUUCAUAACAGCUGCUACAAUUGGUGUCACACUGGUGUUCUUAUCUGGACUCAUCCUUGUUGGAACUGUCAUAGGGUUAAUCAUUGCAACUCCUCUUCUUGUUAUCUUCAGUCCUGUCCUAGUUCCAGCUGCAAUAACACUCUCUCUCAUUGCUGGUGGUUUUGUGUUCUCUGGUGGUUGUGGUGUGGCUGCUAUAGCUGCAUUGUCAUGGAUUUACAACUACGUCUCCGGUAACCGUCCUGCUGGUUCUGAUAAUCUUGAUUAUGCUAAAGGGUAUAUUACUGAUAAGGCUAGAGAAGUGAAGGAAAGAGCUAAGGAUUAUGGGAAUUAUGCUCAGGCUAGAGCACAAGAAGCCACACAAGGAACUGGAAAUUAUGGUCAGGCUAGAGCACAAGAAGGCACACAAGGAAGUUAUUAG